UUAGUAAAAUCUAUCAAAUAUAUCGAGUAGUAUCCAUUCAUUCGUAUUAGUAUUUGUACAUUAUUAUUCAUUCGUAACGAACUAGUAUAUUAUAUAAAACAAUAAAAUGUAUUUGCUUAAGCUUUUAGUUUUCCUAGGAAUACAAAUAUUCGUCCGUGCACCAGAACCAUCAGUAAGUACAAAUAUAUCCCGUGAGAGAGAUAGUGAAAAUCAAUCGAUUCAUUUUACCGAAAAUAAUAGUCUGGAAGAAAAACUGGUUACUGAGGUGAACAAUUAUUUCGAUAGCACGGAAAAAAUUGACUCAUAUAAAUUUAACCAUCAGUUAACGGAUUAUAAAUGUGGUAGUUUAAUUCAAAAUACAGAUGUUCAAAAAUUAAAUUACAAUAUAUUUAUCAUUUUAAAUCAAUUAUAUAAUGAUUUAUAUAAAAAACUUCCUAAGAAGAACGAUGUUAUAGAAAACAGAAAUCUUGAAAAUAAAAUUGUUAACGUAUUUAAAGCAAACCAUAUACAAAUAAUAUGUAAACAUAUUCCACGAUGUCUUGAUUUCAUCUACAUUUGUGCACCUACAUAUACAAAUUUAGAAAAUAUAUUUUCAUUAUAUUCGGGCAUUUGUCACUCCCGCGAUAUAUAUAUUUCAAAAUAUGAUGAUCAAAAUAAAAUUCUCGAUAAAAAUGAAAAUUUUACCAACCUUGUCCUUGAACGUAUAAAUUCGUUGUACAAUAGUCUAUCUAAAAUUAAGUUUAUUCCCUUAAACACCAAUUACAAUAUCAAAAUUAGAAACGAAACAUUUAUAAAAAACAUAUUCAAUAUAAUUAAUAAAAUAAAUAAAGCACAUAUGAUAUCAAGUAGUGAUUGGUACAAAAAAUCAAUUUUAAUUAAUUAUUCACCACCAGAAAUGUUAAAAAUUCGUUAUUUCCGAUCUGACCAUUUGAUUAACAAUAAGAACAGGAAUGAAGUUAACACACUCGCUCAUUGGUUAAAAAUAAUCAUUUUUGAACGUGGAAAAAAAUUGUUACCCGCUAAUAAUAAUUAUGAAGUACCAGUAUUAGGUCGAAAUUUCAUAAUUGGUUACAACUUGGCAUUAAAUGAAUUAUUAUUUAACUUUCUCCGGGUAUUAAAUUAUUAUUUUCGAAGCGUGGUUUUGUAUGAUAUUGAACAUUUUUCAUAUCAAGACAAUCAAACUCUCAUUAUGAUGAAGAAUGUGUUUGAAAAUUUGUUGUCAAUGAAAGUGAUUUAUAGAUUAUGUAAAAAAAUUCCUUUAAUUCUGUAUUAUUUGUAUAGUGCUCAUAUCACGGAUCUAAACGUAUUUAGUUUGUAUUUAACAAUAUGCAGUGAUUGGAAUCAAUUUUUAAAUUAUCGAUGUUUAUCUCAAAAAGCCAACAACGGUAGGUACGGAUACGAUACGCAAUGUUUAAAACAGUCGAUAAAUGAAAAAUUAAUGUUAAAUUAUUAUAUGAUUACACAAAAGAUGAUAUAUGAUGAUAUCAAUAUGAAUAAUUUUUUAAAUCUGAAUAACCUGGAAGAAAUUACUAAUAAUAUCUAUGAAAGAUUGUUAGAUUUUUACAAGCCUAAUAAGGUUUAUAUAUGGACGUCAUUUGAUUGGUUAAGCUCAGCACACAUUUUUAGUUUAGGUUCCAACGAUUUGAACGAAAUAAGAGAACAGACAGUAAAAAUCGGUUUGGAAAAUAUACCAAUAACGAUGCUGUAUAAUCAAUUUUUACCAUGGAAUGCAAAUUUAAAAACACUAAUUGAUUUUAAAACCAUAGUUGAAAAUUUAUUUAUUCAUAAGUUAUGCCAAUACGUUAAGAGUCAAGCAGCAUAUAUUUAUAUUUACUUUGAAUUAACGAACGUAAAUGAUGUACAUGACGGUGUACUCGCGCGGCUGAAAAAAUCUACUAAAUGGUAUAAAUCGGGAACACAGGAAUUGUUCAAGUUCAUGGAAUCGACCAUUGAGGGGUUUGAAAUCCCCGAUGAAAGUAAAUCGGUUAUCGAAGCAAUUGAAAAUAUUAGCGUUCACACGAUCGGUCAGUUUAAAGAAUGUACGAAUAGUAUAAAAGAGGAAUAUGAAAAAAAUUCAAGGUUUAAUGAUAUUUUAUCAAAUAAGAAUUCUGAUCAUUACCGAUGGAUUUCCUGAUAAAUUGGAAACUUAUGAUGUUCAAGAACUCUGCCAAAAUGACAAUUUAGAUAACGUAUUUAUGGCAAAUUAAUCAAUUUUCAAAGUUUCCCGCAAGUAUACUCCAUAUAGUGAAAUUGAAAAAUCGUCAAAAGAUAUUUAAUAAGUAAUAAAACAAAUAAACCGAAG